AUGCGAAAAUAUUUUCUAACUAGCGAAUAGCAAUUCAAAAUGGGUGACAGAGACCUUUCCAUGGGUCCUCGAGAAGGUGUAACCUAUCCCAUAAAGGUUCAGUACUGUGGUAAUUGUUCUAUGCCAAUAGAAUAUUGUGAAUACUAUCCCGAAUACGAUAAAUGCAAGCAGUGGCUCGAAAAGCAUCUGCCUACAGAAUUUGAAAAAGUAAAAAUAGAUGAGGAAGAAAAUGCUGGUGGGGAAGAAGAAAAGAAGCGUCAGAAGAGAGGUGGUAAAGGCAUGCUGAAAUCAAAGAAAAAGGAAGAUGUUCCUAAGCUAGUACAGGUGUCUAGAGCUCCUCGUGGCAAGAAGAAAUCUGUUACUGUCGUAUCUGGACUGAGCACUUUCGAUAUUGACUUAAAAGUAGCAGCAAAAUUCUUUGGCACAAAAUUUGCUUGUGGCUCUUCAGUUACUGGCGAUGAUGAAAUUGUUAUUCAGGGAGAUGUGAAAGAUGAUCUUUUUGAUAUAAUUCCUGAGAAAUGGCCUGAGAUUGAUGAAGAUAGUAUUGAAGACUUGGGAGAUCAGAAAAGAUAGUCACAGCUCUAACAAAUUAAUUUUAUUUGAUAAUGCUUUAGUUAAUAAAUGCUGAUGUAAUGCAGGACUGAUUCCCUUCAUAUAUUUGCAAUGUGCGCAACUAAGUAACCAAAUCGGAACCAUAAAAAACUAGUAAACAGAAAUAGCAC